AUGGCAUCUUUCAAGGGAAAAGUCAUCGCUAUCACCGGUGCUGGUUCUGGAAUCGGCCUCGCUACUGCCCACCUGCUCGCCGCCCGUGGUGCCGCCGUCUCUCUUUCCGACAUCAACGCAGAAUCCCUCGCAAAAGCCAAAUCCUCCAUCCUUGCUAAAACACCCGAUGCCCGCGUCCUGAUCACCGCACUCGACGUUUCCAACCGCCCCGCCGUGGCCGCCUGGAUCAGGGCAACCACCGAAGAACUGGGCCCGUUGAACGGCGCCGCCAAUAUUGCUGGCAUCAUUAACAAAAGCCUGAACGUCAAGAACGUCGAGGAGACGCCGGACGAGGAGUGGGAGCGUGUCAUCGGCGUCAACCUGACCGGCGCUAUGGUGUGUCUUAGCGAGGAGGUGCGGGAGAUCAAGAGAUCGGCAAAGAAGCUGGAGGAAGGCGGUACUGGUGGAUUCUCUAUCGUCAAUACGUCGAGUAUCGUGGGCUUGAAAGGUAGCCCUCGAUCGAGCGCUUACGCCGCUUCCAAGGCAGGCGUGAAUGCUUUGACGAAGAGCGUAGCCAGGGAGACGGGCGAGUGGGGCAUCCGGGUGAACGCGAUUGCGCCCGGUGUUAUUCUCACACCAUUGACUAAUCUCGAUACUUCCGACGCAAAAGAGGGCCAGGCAGAAUGGAACAAGCUUGCUCCCCUUGGCCGCGUGGGACAGGCGGAAGAGGUUGCUGAGAGCUAUGGAGCUUCUUCCUUCCAUCACAUACUGCCCACGGGUACCGGCACGACAUUCAUCCGUGCUGCGACCGUUUAUCUAUCCUGCCCCGAGCAUGGUCACUUCACCUUCACUUCUUCCAUCCUCCACAGUCCACUUGGAACACAACCACCCUUGCACACCGCGCUCCGCUUACAGUUCCUCAUGGCUUCCGCACCGCCUGAGGACGCCAAAGGAGGGCACAAGCCUAACUAUGUGAACCCCGAGAACCAGAUUCCGCUGCUGGUCGGGGUUCAGACACCGAUGUUGGCUCUAAUGUUGCUCAUUGUCGCGGCUCGUUUCUUCGACCGGGCCUACAACCGCAUUCGUCUCGAUGCUUCGGACUGGCUCACCAUUCUCGCUUUCGUCUUGGUCAUUACCUGCAACAUCAUUCCGUUGGCAGGGAUCGCAACUGGAGUGGGCCGCCACACCUGGGACAUCAAGGAAGAGUGGAAGGUCAUCAACCUCAAGCUCACCUUCGCCUUCCGCAUUUCGUUCUCGAUCGCCGCCGCGCUUAUCAAAAUCGCGGUCAUGCUCUUCUACAUGCGCAUGUUCCCCCACAGCAAGGCGAACAUUUGGUUCUGCCGUUGCAUGAUUGGCUUCUGCGCAUUCGCCGCAAUCGCCUUCAUCUUCAUCACGACCUUCGCGUGUAGCCCGCCAUCGGACUACUGGAACGCAGAGAAGGGCGGGAACCGCAACUGCCACAACGAGUCUAAGAUCCUCCUCUCGGCGUCGUGUCAGAAGCUUGUGACGGAAUUUCUGGUCUUUGCCUGGCCUUCAUACUUCAUCUGGAAAUUGAAAUUGCCAAGGAUGACGCGCGUUUCGCUGGGCGUCUUGUUCUCACUUGGCAUCAUCACCUCCUUCCUCGGCCUCAUCAAGACCGGAUACCUGUGGUACAGCUUGAACCACCCCCCGGACUUCCCGUGGACCGCCGCUCGCGUCUUCAUGAUCGAAUGCCUGGAAAUCAACCUCUGCCUUCUCUGCGGCUGCCUCCCGCACAUCAAACGCCCCUUCAAGAUCAUCUGCUGCUGCUUGUGCCGCCGCCGCCGCAACCACAACCGCAACAAGAGCAGGAACAGGAACAGGAAUAGAAACAGGAAGCCCCGGACGCCCGAAAUCCCACACGACAAGAUCGGCCUCUUCGGACCGCAGCCGCGCCAGCCACCGCCCCUCGCGCUGCGCGGCGACCUGGACAACCGCCGCAACGGCGUCGUCUUCCGCUCGUUCGCCCGCUCGUUCCCCCGCACCGUCGACGAUGACGACGACGAUGCUUUCGUCAACAACCCGACGCCGCUCAUGUUUGAGAGUGGCAACGACAACAACGUCACGUCCCGUCGCAUCAACGGCAGCAACCCGCCGCCGCCAACUUCGCUGGUUGGCCCCCGUCUGAGCACCCCGCCCCCGGACUUCGACGACAUUGCUGCUAUCGCCAUGGACAGGCUCCAGCGCUCCAGCAGCCUGGCCAUGACGUCGCCCCAGUUGCCACCGAAGACGCCCAAGCGCCACCACCAGCAGAAGCAGCAGGGCCAGGCGCAGACGACGCCUCGCCUUCCCCGCUCGCCCGGCUCGAUGAACAUGGUCGCGCUGCGUGAGGAGGCCGAGGCCCAUGCCCACGCGAACAACAGCCCUUACGCUGCCAGAGGAGGCUCUGAGGAGUGA